UUAAAAUUUUGGGUCGCGGCAUUGUCGGUAUGAAUAUUCAUAUAGUUGUUUUCAACACUACUUUCAAAAGUGCUAAACAAAAUAUCAGUCUGUGGCGCAGAUACAACGGAUUUCGUCUAUUUAUGUUCAACAUCACUUACGAUUUUUGCCGGUUGAUGGCCAACAACAAUUCCAAAUUAUCCUUUCAAAAAAUAGUUAUUGAUGCAAUUAGCGAAAACUCAAACAUAAAUCAUUCUUGUCCAUAUAAGAAUGAUGUAAUCAUACGCAAUUUAAUAUUUAAAGACGAGUUUCUCAAAUAUUUGCCCUUGCCAUCGGGAGAGUAUAAAUAUCAGGUCACGACAGCAGUUAAUAACAUUUGGGUACACCGAAUUAGUGUUCAAAUGGCAAUCAACGAAAAGUUAAUCGCAAGAAAUUAG